AUGUUGAAGCAAUUUUUCGGAAUAGUUUUCUUUUAUGUUUUGACUCCGUGGAGUGACGGAUUACAUUUGUCUGGAACAUGGAACACUGGUGAAUUUUUCAUGUUCAUGUCAAAAUUUGGCUUUCAAAAAACAGAUAAUCAUGACCACAUUAACACUUUAGGCUUUAUCUACGGGAAUCUUACUUCAGAUGCCAAAAAUGCACAGCCAAAAGCUACAUUUGUGGUUGUUCACCGCCAAUUUUUUCUUGACUUCUAUAGACAGCGGCUCAAAUAUGACUCCGAUCGGAAUAACGUUUGUAAUGCAAUGUUUGAAAGAAUUGACACUGUCUCCUAUGAUCGCAACUGUAAGGAAAAUGGAACGGAAGAUUUCUUAAGGAGUGUACCCUGUCCCACUGGUGAGCUGUGUGAGGAUGAAGAUGCUCCAGAACAUGUUGUGAAUGGCCACCAGUUCACAUAUGCAGUGCAAGACAAUAAUCAAGCUAGGUUUUGGUACAUAAGCCUGGUGGCAUGUUACAGAGAAGGGACAGGCAACAACUGCUCCUGGAGAGAAUCAACUGGUGAGCCCAUAAACUUGCAUUAUGAUAUAUGGUUGGCGAAUGGCAACCCUUAUGGUCCUCAUAGGAACCCAUUUGAGUUUCAGCUCUCUUUUGAUCAACAGGUAAUUACUGGAACUAUUUUUCAAAGUUUCAGCUUAUUUUCUUUGUGUAUUAGUUUAUUUAUGUUGCUGCUGUUGCUUCUGGCCAAAGGUUGGGCCAUCACUCACACCGAGCUCACCUGGAAACCUGUUCUCUUUUGCAUUUGGUUGCUCUACACGUGCAUCGGAGUUCUGCUUUAUGUUUGGAAUAUGACCGAAGUGGAUGUCAUCGAUGACAUCGACGAGUACCAGACAUUCCCCGGGUGGAUGAUGCUCAUCUUCCGGCUCUCCAUCAUGGUGUGGUUCCUGUACGAGCUGAGAUCCACGAUGCUGGACGAGAACGAUCGAGCCAAGCUGCGCUUUUACGUCCACUUUGGGGCCGGCAUCCUGGUUUGGUUCGUCUAUUUGCCCGUCGUUGCCCUGAUAGCGCUGCAGAUCUCUGCACUAUGGAGGGCAAAACUGCUUCUGGGUAUUACCUCUAGUGCAGAUUUCUUGGCUUAUGCAAUAAUGGCCCAUUUGCUGUGGCCCACAAGAAGUGAGCAGUACUUCCAACUAGCCUCAGAAUCUGAUCUGGGAGAGGAGCUGGAGGAAUUCAACGAGGCACCCCACAAUGUUCCCAGGCCACAAAAAGUGUGA